AUGGGUAACUCGGCACAGGAGAAGGGAUUGCCGUACGUCCCGGAUUGCUACCUUGUUCCGAUGGCUGAUCGUCCAAAUUUGGCCCCCAGCGUAGCAAAUAUACCAGUCAUUGAUCUGGCUAAAAUGCCCGAUACCCACCAUCGUUCUACUCUCAUUUCUCAACUUUCCGACGCUUGCCGCCGGCUUGGUUUCUUUCAAAUUGUGAAUCAUGGGAUUAGCGAGAGUGUAAUGGAGGGGGCAUUGAAAUGUUCGUUUGAGUAUUUCAAGCUGCCAGGGGAAGAGAAAACGAAGCUGAUGUCAAACGAUGUGUUUAAGCCGGUGAGAUACGGGACGAGCAUGAAGGAUGGAGUUGAUAGUAUCCAGUACUGGAGGGUAUUUCUCAAGCACUAUGCAUAUCCCCUUCACUCCUGGACUCCUUUCUGGCCCCAUAAUCCCCCUGAUUACAGGAAAAAAAUGGGGAAAUACUGCAGUGAAGUGAGGAGAGUAGCAUUGGAACUAAUGGGUGCCAUAACAGAGAGCCUUGGAUUAGGAUCAGACUACUUGGGAAACAGAAUGGAAGAAGGGAUGCAAGUGAUGGCGGUGAACUGUUAUCCGCCAUGUCCAGAACCAGAGGUGGCUUUAGGGCUGCCGCCUCACUCAGAUUACAGCUGCUUGACCAUUCUUCUUCAAAGCUUACAGGGACUGGAGAUUCUCGACAAGGAAGACGGAAAUUGGAAAGUAGUGCCGGAACUGCAUGGCGCACUGCAGGUUCACGUAGGUGAUCACCUUGAGGUACUCAGCAAUGGCAGAUACAAAAGUGUUGUGCACAGAGCAACUCUGAACUCCGACAAGACAAGAGUUUCCAUAACCAGUCUCCAUAGUUUGGGAAUGGAUGAUGUUAUGGGAGCCGCCAUGGAACUAGUCGACAACCAGAAUCCUUUGCAGUAUAAGGAAAGUAGCUUCAGGGAUUUUCUUGAUUUUCUCUCCAGCACUGAUAUAUCUGGUGGUAAGCGUUUCAUCGACACCAUCAGGCUGGAGAAGUAG